GUAUCCUCUGACGGUGUAAUAGAACGGUCUGGCCGAGGCAAAUAGAAGUGUCUAUGUCAAUUAUCGAGAUUAACAGACUCUGUAUCAUUUCGAAAUGGUGAAAAAGAAAGGGCAAAAGAGCACACAGAGUAAGAAAAAACUGGAUCUCGCAGCCGCGGUAGAGGCGGCUGAACAGGAAGAAGAGGAAACCGAUCUAUCUAAUUUGAACUUAAACGAUGAUGAUGACUCACUCGCUGCAUCAGCAGGAAAACGUAAAAAUGGAGAACCGAUUUCCACUGAAACUGGUACACGAGAUGAUGAAGAAGGAGAAUCUGUUCUCAUGAAUUAUAAUCCACCUGAAGAAGGUCCUACAUGCGCGGAUACAGGUAAACUGGUGAGCGUGCCAAGUAAUAGUGGCCACACGUGAUCAGUAGUUCUCUUAUAGUGAUCUGUUGAACCGAAAUAAGUUCUGAUUAAGAUUAAAGAACGAGGUUUAGAUAAACAAAAUGGAUUCUGACAGAUAACUUAAAAAGUUAAGUUUAUUUUUCAACUGUCAGGUCAUCUAAGGUUUUGGUCUUUUUCUUAAUCUCUUAAGCUUUGUGUAUUCAUUUAAUAUCUAAUAAUGUAUAAGUUAUGUGAUUGUACACAUAUUUUCAAUUUACAGGACCAUACCUUGUAGAAAAACUAAAUGAGAAUUUUUUUGCCUAAAGCAACUUAGACUGGGGAUGCAGGGAUAGUUUGUACCAUUUGUGUAACCCACAAUUUAUCUUGUAGAGUAUGAAUUACAUUUACUUUUUUUAACCCUUUAACCCUCAAGAGUGACCAGCAUCUAAUUUCUCCUGACAAUACCACCCCUGAAUCAUGCAGUAAGGUCAUGAGAAUAAAGAAAGUUAUCAGCCGUUAGUUGAGGAGAAAAGUAUGGAGAAUACUUUUACUGAUGUUUGGGUGUAAUGGGUUUAAGAGGUAGUUGCUUUCAUUGUUGCUUUACCAUAUUUACAGAGGAUUCAGUAGAUGUACAACAACUAAGCAAGAAGGAGAAGAGAAAGCUUAAAAAGAAGGUGCUGGUUUGUUUACAUGUAUAAGUGAUGAGUAUUUCAUUUGACCCUGAAGACUUUCAAACAGCAGUGACCCCCAAAAGAGGAAUACUCUACAACAGCAGUAACACUUCCCACUGGUUUUCAGGAAAUCCUGAAAGGAUGUAUCUGUGGAAAGCUUUGACUUUCUGAAAAUUGCCAGUAUGCAGAUUUUUUUCCCAUUUUAAUCAAGAAAUGACAAAAAAGGCAAUAUUAAUCUAAUUUUUGUCUACCCCUGAAUAUCCAGGAAUCACAUCUUGCAGGUUUAAGCAAUUAGAUUAACUAUAAACAAGCAAAUUAUAAUUAUAUUUAAUUAAGUUUACAGACAAGCAAAAAAAAGCAAACAUCUGAACUUGAAAAAACCUAAAAACAUGUUUUCCUUCCUGUAGUUUGCACAGAAAAUUCAUCUGUCAAUUUUAGUGAUAAGAAAUUGUGAACCUUUGAUAUCUUGGAAGUAUGUAUGAAUAGUUUUAUCAGUUAUGAAAAUUUCUUUGGUAUUGACACUGUAGAUCACUGUGCCUUGCAAUUUACAUCGUAGGCAAAGUUUGAGAGUGAGACACAAGAAGUGGCAGGAUCCCAAUUUUCUGUAUCACAGCAAGAGUCUUCUGCUGCUAAAACUUCUCUUCUUGAAAAUGCUCUAGACAUCAAGGUUAAUGUUCAAACUGUAUUUUGUACCAUAAUCUAAUAUUAUUGAAUUACAUCCUGUAGAGAAAAUUAGAGAUUAUUUUAUAGUAGUUUGAUUUUUAUUUUAACCCUUCAAGUCCCACCAGUGACCAAGACAGAAUUUCUCCUUACAUUAUCAGUACAACAUCAAGCAGACAAGUAAUGAGAAUAAAGAAGAAUAUCAAUUAGGAAAUUAUUGGCUGAUCGAAUUCCAAAUUCUCCAAACUAACAUCAUUUAAAUUGCAUGGCAGAUAGUAAGGAGAAUUACUCAUGAAAUAUUGGGAGUUAAAGGGUUAAAUAAUUAUGGGUUAAUGCUUUGGCCUUUACAGAGAGAUGACUGUCAGGAAGGCCUCUCUUAUUAUUCCACAUACCAGUUAAACAUUCCUCUUUGAGCUCAUCAUUCAUUAACAAAAUAGCAAUCACUUUUGCAAUUUGUUUUGUUAUAUUUUUUUCAAAAUAAUUUAGGUGGAGAAGUUCAGUAUUUCUGCCCGUGGUAAAGAUCUCUUUGUUAAUGCAAAUCUUAACAUUACUGCUAGUCGGCGUUAUGGUUUAGUUGGACCAAAUGGGUAAGAAAGAAGUUAGUUCUUGUCUUACCUAGUAUAAAAUAAGCUAAGUUCACACAAUUCAAAUUCAAGCAGCAAUUGACUGAUGUCACUCCCUUGAUCCAGCUGAUCAAAGUUCCACUCAAAUACAAUCAAUCGGUAGCAAAUGAAGUCAGGAAGACAACUUUUUAAAAGGAAAAAAUCAUCAUUAAUUGUGGUGUAGUAAUUGCCUUUUUUUAUCUUUAAUGUUCUUUUUUUGAUCAUUAUAGAUGAAUUUUAAGCUUUAGCUAGAAAUAUGGCUGUACAUGUAUAAGUUAUUGUGAGUCCAAAUUUUUAUUAUUCAACCUAGUGGUCAAGUUUUCAAUAGAAUUUUACCCCCACAUAGAAAUUUCAACAUAGAAAUUAUGGAUUUGUAUCAGUGCCCUAAGUUACUGAAUAGUUUUAAAUUCUAUGAAAAGAAUGCCAAGAGAUAAAUAUGAUAGGUAUCAAUUUACUUCCUCAGUAUGGGAAAGACAACCCUCUUAACACAUAUUGCAGCCAGAAAGCUUGCUAUCCCAUCCAAUAUUGAUGUCCUACUCUGUGAACAAGGUAAAGUAAUGAAAAAUGAUAGAUAUUUUUUUUAAUCUUUGAAAUUAAAUUAUAAAGUCUAAUUUUUCUCUAUCAACUUCAGGAGGUAAACAAACAUGUUAGUUUCUAGAAUUUACUGCAUUUGAGAUUUUUAUUAUGAACCUUUGCAAAUAUCUUUGUUAAAAGAAAUUGUUAACAUGCUAUUUUGAGAAAAUUUAUCAUUAAUUAUUUCUUUGCAGUAUAUUUAUAAAAAUUAAGUUAUGAAAACCUUUUCAAUGACUGUAGACUGACCUGCUAAACCCUGAGGAUUUUCCAUUAAUUCUCGUUAAGUGUUUGAAAUUUUUCUAAAUUAAAAAAAAAAAAAAGAAUACAACUGGAAAAAAAAUAUCAGGAGGAGUUAAUCUGAAACUUCUCUUCAUUGUAAUUAUCAGAUGUUGAAGCUAGCGAGUCGCCUGCCUUUGAUGUGGUCCUAAAGGCAGACAAGAAAAGAUUGCAGCUUCUAGAGGAGGUCAGUUUUAAUUACAAAAUAAAUACUUUUCCAUCUGGUUCUGUUUAAGUGAGUGAAUUUUGAUGAAUAACAUUAAAUGAGCCUACUGUUGCAGGAGGCUCACCUUGUUGCUUUAAGUGAAAAUGGAGACGAAGCUGCUACAGAGAAACUAAAGGAGGUACUUGAACACUGUUGUAUCCUUGUCUCCUUUUUUCAAUAUAGUAUCCUUUCUACCUUGGAUGAACUAAUUGAUGUGGAUAUGAGAGGAUGUCAAAAUUUAUUUUAAAAAAUGUGGCCCAUGAUUUUUACCUCACAUUAGUGUGAUCUGUGAUCUACAAGGAAUGAAUUUUUCUCAGAUAAAGAAAAGAAUAACAUGUCUAGGGAGAUUCAUCUUAGUGUCUCAAUAAAUAUAUUCUUAUUGAAUAAGGACUACUAUUAGUAUUCAGUAAGUUAAGCUAAGGAAUUGAUGUCAGUGGUUUUCUAUUUUUUUGUCUCUAACCUUCUUAUUAUUGAGAAAUCUGAUCCUUGCUUAGUUUUUUUUAACCAUUAUACACCAUGGCUACAUGUGAGGGUUAAUAUAGAUAUUACAAAGUAGUAAUAGGUACUUCUAUUACACAUUGAAGGUUUAUGUUGAAUUAGAAGCUAUUGGUGCAGCCUCUGCUGAAUCAAGGGUGCGAAGAAUCUUGGCUGUAAGUUACAUUAAUUGUAGUUUGCGAAAAUGGCACUCAACCAUUUUUAGUACAUGUCAAAACUUAGAGAUUGAAAGUAUUUCAAUAAAGCUGAGAUAGCUGAUUAUAGUUGUAAUGUAUAAUAUUUAAACCAGAUUCAUAUAGGAAGGAAAUCACACUGUCAUAAACAAACUCAAAGAUGAUCCAAUAGAGCACAAGUCUUUAUUAAAAAAGUGUUGAUGAUAUUACUAUUCUUCAUAAAUUGAUUGUGUCUUUUUCUAUAAGGGUCUGGGAUUUACGACUGAAAUGCAGCAGAGGCCUGUCAAUCAUUUCUCUGGAGGAUGGAGGAUGAGGGUGUCACUAGCAAGGUAGUGAAUGUAAAAAUGAUUCAGAUACUGUUGUAGCUGUAGUGAACAAUAAAUCACAAACAUAGACUGAGCUGAAUGGUAGUAGAUAUUUACUUGGCAAUUUGCUGUUUGGUAAAUAUGCACUACUUUCACUACUCUGAGGGGCUGUUGGAAGGUGAAAAAUACCAGCCUCUCAAUUCCAAUUAUAAAACAUUUUGUUUGUAGAGCUCUCUUUAUGGAACCAACUCUUCUCAUGCUGGAUGAACCUACAAACCAUUUGGACUUGAAUGCUGUUAUUUGGUUAGACAAGUAAGUAUGAUAGUUAAGCCAUGACCGAUACUGUUUCAAAUUUCAAGGUUAUAUUCUUGCUAGCUGUGUCAAUGGUAUUAAAGAUGUAAAGAAUAAAGUAUUCUUUUAAAAUAUUAAACAAAAACUCAUAUCUUUGUACAAGCAAGGGUUAUAUGGCAAAGUUUCAUUGAUGUAUGUUUGUUCUCUGUUGUGGUAAAUGAUCUUGUUCUCAGAUCAGUGUUUAUCUCUUUUGACCCUUGUUUUUAAAACUGGAUAAUUAUUUUCACAUGUUUCUUUUUAUAUCAGCUACCUACAGAACUGGAAGAAGACUCUGUUAGUUGUGUCUCACGAUCAGUACUUUCUGGACAGUGUUUGUACUGAUAUCAUUCAUUUAGGUAUGUUUCGACAAAGUAAUACACAUGUUGUUGAUAAACAUUUUCAUUUGCAACUUUAAAACUGUUUUCAUAUUCUUACAGAUCAACAAAAACUUUACUAUUACAGAGGAAACUAUGGUUAGUGAGUGAUCUAAUACUUUGUUUUCACUCUUCGAAGACAGGUAAAGUAUUGACUUUCAGAUCUCAUUUACUGUAAUCUUCUUUUCUUCAGACCAAUUCAAGAAGAUGUACGUACAAAAAGUUAAAGAACAGGAAAAAGCAUACAACAAACAGGUACUAUACACUUUGUUUUUACUGACUCCUGUCAUGCCCUUAAUAUGUGCUUUAAGGAUACAAAAUUAGCCUCAAGUUCGUGUCAAGAUUGACAUAAUGAUGGAAUGUUUUCUGUUUUCUGUAGCAAAAGCAAAUCAAGGAUCUGAAGGCUUCUGGUCAAUCUAGAAAGCAAGCAGUAAGACUUACUUUCCUUUUAUUUUAACUUUGAUGUCAAGUAUUGUAAAUGAAUGAGAUACACUGGACAGGCCUUAACUGGUUAAAACCCAUCAUUUACUGAACCACCAAGCCCCUGACUGUUUGACAAAUUUCAUCAGUUAAUUGAUUUACUGUAAUAACUCAUUUUGGAUGUUUAAGAGUUCUCACAAAACCUGCCUGGUUUAAUGACAAUAAACUAAUAGACAGUAAGGGUCUAUUAUUAAAGAAUAUUAUCGUGUUGGAAUAUGAAGUUGAGCAAUAUUCAGAACUUGGAGCCUUGUGUUAUUAUUGUCAGUAACGAGGAUGGAUAAAAGUUUGAUACCUAACUGUGCCAGUUGGAUUGAAUACUGAAAAAAAAGUGUGAAAUUAUAGGAGGAGAAAACAAAAGCAGCUCAAGGAAGAAAAAACAAGAAAGGGGGCAAGAAAGAUAUGGAAGAGGUAGGUGAUGAUCAACACUGCUUUGAAAUAGAUAAUGGAGGGAAGCUGUUUGUCUUGAUGAGAAUUAAUCACAUCAUUUCUGAAAAAGAAAAUCAAUUACAAGAACUUUGAUCCCUUAUUUUCUGAUUUAAGUAUUAACAUUCACUGAAAAUAGAGUUGAUUCAUUUUUGACAGGAUGAUAUUGAACAGAUGGAACUUAUCAAAAAACCUAAGGAGUAUGUGGUGAAAUUCUCUUUUCCUUCACCACCACCUCUCAAUCCACCUAUCCUGGGAUUAAAAUGUAAGUCAAAAUAAUGAAACAAUCACAGAACAUUACAUCAAUUUUAGUAUGCAUGUUACUCUCAGGAAAAAUACUGCUAACUUUGAUGCAUUUAAUUAAUGAACUUUGUACCCAUUGAUAGCCUUUUACAAAAGAGUUCCUACUGUAAUACUUGUAACUUCCAAAGCCUUUUUUUUUAUAGAUCUUGUGAUGUUUUCUUUGUUUUUUAUAAUGAAUGACAGCAUGAUAAUCCAAUAGAAGGGCAGGUUCAAGUGAUAAUCUAAACUAUUUUUUCCAACAACUUUACACUACUUUUUUCUUAUAAUGGCUUGAUACUAUGGUGAUGAUGUAAACAGCUGUGACAUUUGGAUAUUCCAAUCAACCAAAGUUGUUUAAUGAUCUGGAUUUUGGUAUUGACAUGAAGUCUAGAGGUAAGUGGAGGACAUUUUGAGAGUUUUCCAGUGGUAUAAGCAUAGAAUGUCUUGUACCAUACAGUGUUCAUAGAUGUUGUCAACAAUACCUUGAAUUCUAAUGUCUCUGAUUACAACAUAGUGCAAGAAUUCUUUAGGCUCACCAUUUGUUGCUACUUUUUGUCCUUUUUUCUGUUUUAGUUGCUAUCGUUGGAAAUAAUGGAGUUGGUAAAAGUACAUUCUUGAAGCUUUUGAUUGGUGAACUUGAACCGGUGGGGAUAUUUAUUUUUAAAAUCUACUUUACAGUGCUUUAAUGUACGUGUACUGGUACCUUAUACAGGUUAAUGACCAUUAAUAUACAAAAAGUUUGUGAAUUCUAUUUUGUCUCAGGCAAAAGGUGAUAUUGUACGGAACCACAGGCUUGUAAGUAAAAUCGCAGCUGUGUUUUUUGUUAAAGUGCAGAUAAAUAUGCAAAUGUAUUGGUGUGUAUUUAGUACUUGCAUUGCUUUUCUUGAUCAAAUUGAAAAUUGUUUUGGUUUUGUGAUUUGUAGCAUUAAUAUUCCAAAUUUUAAAGUCUAAUUUGCUUCCAAUUGAUAAUUAUCUGACAUCUACUUGUUGUUUUUAUAGCGCAUUGGAUCUUACAACCAGCAUUCUGCUGAUCAGGUGAUAUACAUUUAUAUGCUUUGAAUGUAAUUGUCUUUACAGGUGAUAACGAUGAUUAUGAUGAUGUUAUAAUAAUAAGAAAUAGUCUAUGAUCUGUUGUUGUUUAACUGAGGUUUUCUUUGUUUUCAUCACAGCUGAGUAUGGAUGACUCUCCAGUAGAAUAUCUCCAGGUAAUUAAUCAAAUUAAAGUUACACAAUUGUAAAUGUUAUAAACGUUAUUGCAUUUUAAAGUUAAAAGAGAAAUUGGCAUCUCCUUCGGUGCAUCGUUCGCCAGAUUUAGUUAAAGUUUUCCCCACUACUCUUUGCAGAGGAAAUAUGACCUUGAUUAUCAGACAGCAAGGAAACAUCUGGGAAGGUUUGGAUUAGUGAGUCAUGCACAUACCAUAAGAACCAAAGAUUUAUCAGGUAUGUUUUUUUUUUCUGUUUUCGUUUCACUAUCUCUGUUAUCGUAUAUUUGAACGUGGUUGAUGCUGAAGAGCUAAUAGUCAUGCUCGUUUCUCAGGUGGUCAGAAGUCACGUGUGGCUUUCGCAGACUUGGCACUUAGUAACCCGGAUGUAAUUGUACUGGUGAGUAUAUGCUAUGCGCAAACAACUUAAGAGUGCUGUCGAAAAAAUCUCAAUCGAUUUCUAUAGGGUGUAUCACAUUAAUGAAGACUCCAUUAUGUUUUAGGAUGAACCCACAAACAACUUGGACAUAGAAUCCAUCGAUGCUCUUGCCGAUGCUAUUAAUGAGUUUACCGGAGGUAAAGUGAAAUGAAAAAGUUAGGGUCGGUUAUUUACACGAGGUUCAACACAAACCAUGGUUUAACAGAAUCAGUGGGCCUCAGGCUUUCUCCAUAAGAGGGUUGAUUUUAUUAAAUAAAUGUCCUUCCACUGUUAGCUUUCGGCCCUCUCGACAUUGUUCACGAAAAUAUGUGGUCAGACUCUGAUAAAAGGUCUAGCCAAAUUGCGAAUUGUUGAAGACGCGGUUUUGUUAAUCAACGACUAAACUUAAUAUUUCUCGGCGAUCUUAAAGUUCCUUUGCUGAACUUAAUUUAGAACAGUGCAGUUGUUGGCAGGCUGAUUUACCUUAAAGUGCGUGGGUUAACUUGCGGACAAAAGUUGUUUAACCAUGAUCUGGGUUACUCUUGCAUUCUUCCAGGUGUUAUAUUGGUAAGUCACGAUGCUCGUCUGAUCCUGGAGACCUCUUGCCAACUCUGGGUGGUUGAAAAUCAGGAAAUUACUGAGGUCGAUGGCGAUUUUGAUGAUUACAGACAAGAAAUAUUAGAGAAACUUGGCGAGGAGGUGGUUGCCAAGUCUGCUUAAAUUAAUUAAACCCGAUUUAUUUAAG